AUGCUUUUAAAGAUACUUGUCGACUGGAUUAAUAGACAUCAGCAUGAUGUAGGACGCACCGUAUUUGACCACACCGAAAAUCCUGUAGCAGUCACCUUAAGUAACGAUGAUCAAGAAAGUUUAAACCUCGUUGACAACAAUGUUAUUUUAGAAAUUGUCCAAGUCGCAGAUGAAUAUGAUAUGAUGGAUUUGUUAGAUGGUGCAUGUCAAAUUGCAGCUCCCAUCAUCGAGAAUAUGAAUCACGUUGAACUAAAAGCUAAAUUUUUUGCCUCUGGUGAUUCUUUAAAUGAAGAGGAAGUUUUCUUUGGUAGUGAUGACGAACUUUAAGUGAACUUUACAAUAUAUGAUAAUAUUUAACUAUGUAAUAAACUGUUUUAUAUAAUAAAGAAGAGAGGAAUACCUUUGAACAA